GACUGGAACCAACAAGCCCAGCAGGCAGAGGAGCAGCAGUCUGGUGACCGAGAAGCUUAAGCAGAUGCAGACGUUCUUCGGACUGAAGGUGACGGGGAAGGCGGACGCCGACACCCUGGCUCUGAUGAGGCAGCCCCGAUGUGGGGUGCCCAACGUGGCUCCGUACACCCUCGGUGAGAAGACCCUCCGCUGGGAGCACACCCACCUGACCUACAGGUUUGAAAAUUACACACCAGAUUUGCCAAGAGCAGACGUGGACAGGGCCAUUGACAGAACCUUUCAGCUCUGGAGUAAUGCCUCUGCCCUGACCUUCACCAGGGUCUCUGAGGGCCAAGCGGACAUAAUGAUAUCCUUUGUCUGGAGAGAUCAUGGCGACAACAACCCCUUCGGUGGGCCUGGAAACAUUUUUGCUCACGCAUUCCCACCGGGAGGAGGCCUUGGAGGAGAUGUUCAUUUUGAUGAAGAGAAAAGAUGGACCAAAGAUUUCAGAGAUUUCAACUUGUACCACGUCGCAGCACAUGAAGUGGGCCAUUCCCUCGGACUGUUGCACGACGGCGACAUUGAGUCCCUGAUGUUCUCCAACUACAACUACUAUGGGGAUAACCUGCUGACUCAGAGGGACAUCGAUGCCACCCAGGCCCUCUAUGGACCUUCCAAAAAUCCCAUCCAGCCAAGAGAACGUCAAGUACCACAAGCCUGUGAUAGCAAGUUAACAUUUGACGCGAUUACCAAAAUUCGUGGAGAAUUGUACUUCUUUAAAAACAGGUUCUUCCUACGCACGAGACCCUUCUACAAAACAGGGGAGCUCGGUGCCAUUGCUGACUUCUGGGUCCCACUGUCAAGGGGAGUUGACGCUGCUUACGAGGUUGCUAGCAGAGAUGAAGUCUUCCUUUUUAAAGAUAGUAAAGUCUGGGCCUUCAAUGAAGCUAAGAUGAGGCAAGGCUACCCCAAGCACAUCUACCAUUCCCUGGGCUUCCCACACACAGUGAAGAGCAUCAAUGCUGCUGUUCACGAGGAGGAAACUGGGAAGACGUACUUCUUUGUCGCCAGCAAGUAUUGGAGGUAUGAUGAAAACACACAGUCUAUGGAUUCAGGUUUUCCCAAAGAGAUAGCUCAUGGGUUUCCUGGAAUCGGCAAAAAAGUCGACGCUGUCUUCGAAGAAAGAGGAUUUUUCUAUUUCUUUCGUGGAAAAAGACAGUACAGAUUUGAUCCUCACACAAAGCGGAUUCUGACUAUCCUGAGUGUCAACAGCUGGUUCGACUGUAGAAAUAAAUGAGGCCUGACUCUCCCC